AUGCUAUUCUCCCAUUUGCAUCCCCAAACAGACCGAACACAUCUUAGCAAAGUCUCCAAUACACUCUUCUCUCACACACGAACCCUCUCGAGCGCCACAAGUCAAACGGCGCCAAUCCUGCAGGGCUCACAGCAGGAGCUAUCACCACUGAAGACCUUGGAUUUGCCGACGCACGUCAACACCACGACGGCAAUGGGUCGGCGGCCCGAGCAGUGCCACUCACGGGAGCGUGCAUCUUACGGGGGUACCCCUGGAGGGGCGGAGCUCUUCGGUCCGACUGAGGAGGCCCUCCGCAGUCCCCCCUCCGCCACUACCUACAACAGUGACAUGCUGACCACUUCUAAGAUCUCCCUCCCCUCUCCCUUCAGUGGUAGCAUUCAGUCCCCCGAGAAUUUCAACGUCAUUAAGAGUAUGGACGAGGCGAAGAAACAGCUCUCGUCAGCCCUAAUGCAGUCAAAGACGAGUGUGGUGAAUUGGUGGGUGGAGCAGACCAUUGGCUCCGCCCGUCUUCCUAAACCUGCGGGAUCCCUCUCCCGCAAUCCCUCUAGUGAUAUGGACGGCGCCUCUACGACCUCCCCCAAAAUCUCCUCAGAAAUGAUCCCGUCCUCCCGUGAACACAACGAGCACGAUUUGAUUGAGUGCAUGUUUGAUUUUUUGAUCGACACUCUGGAUGGCGGUGAUUCGCUGCAAUCAUUGAAUCGCCUUCUGAAAUCCACCAUCCGAAACGCCACGGUUACGCCAAAUCCCAAGUCAUGCCACGCACCUACGCUGGGCAGUCUUCCACGACGAAUCUCCACCUCCUUCUCCUUCGACAAGGUCCAGCCAGUUUGCGAGUUCACCUUUGUCGCCGUGAUCAGUAGAAUCCUGCAGCAGCAGAGGCUCACUAUUCAGCCAGGGGUUAGUGAGAUGACAUUCCCCGAAAAUGUGAUCCAACAACUUGUGGCCUUUAUUGAAAGGGCCUGGUACGUUGUCACUCGCAGAUUGCCUGAACCCCUCAGGGACGGUGGUCAGUGCCAGAAGAAACCGCAUGAAAUGCUCACUUGGAUUACAUUGAUCAAUGAUAUUGCUGGAAAGGCCAUCGAUCAGCUCCCCUUGCAAGAGCAAUCUACUGUUCUUCGGCGCACCAAGACAAUAAGUGCUGGUCAGCGGAUGCAUCUGGAGCCAAGUCGCCACGCACCUCUGCGAGUGCGAAGCUUCGUUCCCCCUCAGGCCCCAACAACAUUCUUUGCUACGGAAGGCACGGUCGCUUCGCCAUGGUUGCGCCCGACACGCCACGUGCAGAUUGUGUCGCCGAGCGCCUUGCCUGACUCCGGACAGGCCUCCGUAUUGCAGGAGUCCUCCACGCCAGCCUCAUUGAUCUCACCGGCCGAUUCGCAGCUGACUGGCGCCGACUCCGAUGAAGUCAGCUACACCACGAAUCGCCGAGCCUCCGAUCAAACCUCCCCUGCUCGUGGCCUUAUCGGGCGCCGUACACAACUUCGUCGCAACGCCUACCCGCUGCGCUAUGUGAAACGCGCCAUCAUGCCACUCAGCGGCACCUCCUCGUCCAAUUUGGAAAGACGUCACCAGCAUAGCCAUGACACAUCUGAACUGAGCGAUUUGAAGUACAUCAAUGCCCAAAUCACCGAAGAACUGAAGGAAGUAACUCGGAAUUACAACCAACUACUUCAAAGUGAACUUGAAAGGAGGGAGGCUUAUAUCGCUGCGCUAGAACGACUCGCCAAAUCUUCAUUAUCUUUGACCGACGCACUUGCACUGCCCGCUCUCGGUGUUUACGGGGGAGCCCAUACCUAUGCAGGGAUCUCCACUGGAUUUCCUUCCCUUGUAGAGUGGCUAACCGAACUUGAAAUCCCCAUAAGUGACAUUGAACAAAUUACCAAUCACCAAAUCGACCAGGAUGACUUCCUCGAGUUGAUUACAAAGGACGAUCUCUGGAGGCUGGGGCUCAGGCAAGUAACGGAGGUUAAAAACGCUCUUAUAGGCUUUUCAACAACGAUAAGCUAA